CUACUGUGAUUUUGUUGUGAAUGCAAAGAAAAAUUUGAAGAAAUUACAGAAUAUUUAUUGAUGUAAAUUAGUCUCCUUACUAUUAAGCAAACAUUCGUUAUAAUCGCUAAGCAAAUAAGCUUUAUUUCACUAGUCGUCAGUUAACAUAAAAUCACUACGAUCGAAUAAGUUUAAAAUAUUUAAGUCAAUUACACAUCAAACGAAAACGACAAGCACGUAGGUAGGUCAAGAUGAGUGAAGAAAUAGAUGUUAAAUUACCACCACUUAAGAAACAGAAGCUAGAAACUGAUGCUGAUGGCAUGGACUUCUCGAAUGACGUGGCCGGCGGAGAUGACUUCUCGGCGGGCAAUGACAAAUACAGCAAUUACGUGGACCCUGAGGAGUUGGAGAAGCUGAAGGAGUUCACGGUGCUGGACGAGGUCAAGUCGAACGACGAGGACAGUAAUGACGAGGAGUCGGGGAGCUCGGAUGGUAAAUCCGAGGGGCUGCCAGAGGAGGAAAUAGAGAAGAUGUUAGAAGAAGAUCUGCCCGAGAACUUCAGGGGAACGCCCAAACCCAAGGAGAAACCGUACAUCACCCGACAGAAAAUAGUGCUAGAAGAUAAGGGCGUGAACCAUUUCGAAGUGCUGCCGCUUGACUGGAUGAUGGUGCGGCAUUACAGCGGCAUGCCGGUCUACAUGCACCGCACCACCAGAGUCUGCACGCUCUCCAAGCCCUACUGCCUCGGGAAGGGGAACACCAGGAGACACGAUAUACCAAUUAGCGCAAUACCUUGCCUAGCCUACAGAAGAGCAUUACAAGAAGAAGAUAAACAUAAGGAGAUCGAUAGAAGAAUAGCAGAACAAAUAAAGAACGGAACCUGGAUCAAUAACCAGAGAAAUGAUAAAUCUAAAGACGACGUAAAUGUUAGUUUAAGAGAAAACGUAACGCCAAUAAAAUGUCCAUAUCAAAAAUACAAUGAAUUAGAUCAAACCGAUCAGACCAAGUGUCCUUUUAAUAAAGGCAAUAAAAGUGAGCAAACUGUAGAUAUUAAUGUAAAUAACAAGGGAUUAAUUGAAACAAAAGACGUUAUUAAAACAAAUAAACAAACGAACGAACAAGAUGUUGAAAAUAAACCUGAGAAAGAACGAAUGGAAACUGAAAUGAAUGAACUAAAUGAAGUUACAAAGGUUGAACAAGAUGUCAGUGAAACAGUCGAUGAAGAAUCAAAUGAACAGAAAGUGAGUGAAGCAGAUGAUGUGAAGAACUUUGGUGGUAUACCACUGAAUCGGCAGCCGGUGGUGUUGCCUGGUGGUAUAGUGAUGGCGCCCCCGCGGGUGGAAACCGUCAACUCCAGCUGGAAAACUCAGCACCUCUCGCAUGAACAAGUCAACGAUUACUGCAAGAAAUUGUUUAAAUUUAAAACAGUCAAUAUUAUGCAUUUCAAAAGUUGGGCAGAUCGUCGCAAGUAUACGAAGGCGCGCAAGACGUUGCAGUACCCCACACUGCCCGAGGGUACCAAGGUCAUCACCAUCCCUGCACCGAUCACUAAUGGACAAGAGAAUAGAGGCAAGCCGACCCGCGACUGGGUUAUGAACAUGAACGGGCGCAGCUAUCUCUCAGAGUUCCACGAGUACGUGUGGCGCGCCCUGCAGAAACAACCAGUCUAUGAGUUCAAGCAGCUAGAGAACGCGAUGCAGCCGUACCAGGCGACGGUGUACAUCGGCGGCAUGCAGUACGGCGUCGGGCGCGGCUCCAGCAAGCGGCAGGCCAAGUCCGCCGCCGCCCGCGCCUCCAUACACAUCCUCAUACCGGAGAUGAGGGACGACGGCCACCACACGGACACCCCCGCCACCCACCACGCCCCCGCCGCCCCCGCCACCCACGCCGCCCCCGCGCCCGACACCGACCUGUUUUUCGACGAGGUGGAAAUCGAGGACCCUCGGAUCACGGAGAUAUGCGUGGCGACCUGUGAGCCCUCCCCGCAUGACAUACUCAGGACUUGUCUGCUGAGGAACUUCGGGGCCGGCGAGCGGCACAUUCACACCGAGAUGAAGAAACUGGAGUUCCAAAAGAUCGAGUUGACAAUGAAAGUCGGGAAACAUACAGCUACCGUCGUUUGUAAGAAUAAGAAGACGGCGAAGCAGCGUGCCUCGCAGUCCAUACUGCAGUUACUGCACCCUCACGUGCGCACAUGGGGCUCCCUGCUGCGGCUGUACGGCUCCCGCUCCGUGAAGAGCUGCAAGGAGAAGAAGCUCGAGGAGCAGGAGAUCACGCUACUUCAGGACAAGGCACGCCACAACGAGCCCAACUACGCCGUCAUCGAGAAACUUCGCCACGAGAUGAGGAAGCUGCGGGAGAGAGACGAAGCCGUCGUGCCCAUAGGGACGCUGCUGCUCAAGGACGAGCUGCCCACGCACUCGGGGGCCAACCUCGACAACGUGGAUCUAUGAGACCACAACCAGCACAACCACGCCGUCAUCGAGAUGCUGCGCCACGAGAUGAGGAAGCUGCGGGAGCGGGAGCAAGCCGGGUCAUUGAAACCAGUUAUGUAGCCCUAAUGAGUUCUUCAAGGCCUCGAUAACUAACAGUAAGAGUGUAUAAUAAUGUACAAAGUCAAAUAA